GAAAAUAAUGGGCCAAUACCUAACAAAAGUCAAAGAGAGCUGUCAAUUUUACUUUGUGCACCAUGUAGGCGACUUCGGCAAGGAGGUAUCAACCACAGAAAUUUUACCUGUCCAAUUGAAGUCGGAUGAUGCAGCCUUUGACUCUGAUUUUAGCUAUAUCGCAGACAUUGUUAAGGCUUCACAUUACCUCCCCAAAGGAUCAGACAUCUUUCUACUACUGGAGAAACAACAUUUUUAUAAACGAGAAGACACAUCAAAAAAUUGUAGACUGCAAAGAAGGCUGAUCUUUGACACUACCACAGAGAUUCUUUAUAGGAGUGAGAAACAAGUGCCUCCAUGGAAAGUUUAUUCACGGCCAAACUGUAUUGAUGCAAAUUCAU